AUGAAUUCCAUUCGACAAAUCGAACGCUUAAAUGAGCAGGAAAUGGAUAAACCACUAAGCAGCUCAUGGCAUCUGGAUUACAAGGAUAGUGCCUACGUUUAUAUUGGGAAUUUGGAUUAUGACUUGAACGAAGAGGAUAUACUUAACGUCUUUUCAGAGUUUGGCGAGCCUACGGACAUAAACUUGGUUCGCGAUAAAGAAACGAAGAAAUCGAAAGGAUAUUGUUUUUUAAAAUAUGCUGAUCAGCGUUCAACGAUUUUGGCAGUUGAUAACAUGACAAAUGUCAAGUUACUGGAUCGAUUAGUUCGAGUCGACCAUGUUGCUAGUUAUCGAGUUCCCAAAAAGGAAUCAGAAGAUGGAACCAUUCCUUCUGAAGCAAAUAAUCCAAAUUUAGAUGCCUUGUAUCCUCCUGCUGCCCCUCAAAUUGAUCAAGGGUUAACGGAACGGCCACCUGUUCCUGAAGAGCAUACUGAGCCGUUGGAUGAAAAGGAUUUGUUGGAUCCAAUGCACGAAUACAUCAAAAAUGAAAAGCGGAGAAAGCUAGAUGAUAAGCAUCGCUCUUCUCACACCAACAGUGAUCGUUCACGGCAUCACCGCUCGGACAGGCAUCGACAUCGCCGGCAAACUCAUCGUAGACAUCGUGAUGAGUCUUUACCUCCAAACUAA